UUUCAAACUGUAAAACUCAUUGAAGCACUCUCUUCCUCACCCUUUCUCUCUCAUUCCCUCAAUUACUUAGCCCAAUCCUAAUCCAAAUCAAAACCCUAAUUCGAAUUUCAAUUCCGAUUCUUACACUGUAAGUUUUAACCUCCGUCCAAUCUUUUUAUGUCGCAAGAGGAGUUAGCCAGGGAAGCUAUAAAACAAGCUCUGAAGGCGCUGAAGAAACGACAUUUACUCGAAGAAGGAACUCAUGCUCCUGCAUAUAUUGCUCUUUCCAGGCCCAUCAUCUCUCAGGGUUCAGAAUGGAAAGAGAGCUGAAAACUUGGAAGUGGAACUUCAACAAUGUUACAAAGCACAGUCUAGAUUGUCGGAGCAACUGGUGGUUGAGGUAGUUGAGUCUCGAGCUUUAAAAGCUUCUCUACAAGAGAAAGAAACAGCUAUUGCUAGAUUGGAGAAGGAAUUGACCCAAACCAGGGACGAGUGCUCUCAGUUAAAAACAGAUUUAGAAGAAAAGAUUAGAGCUUUGGAAUUGGUGAUGAUCGAGCACUAGGAACUCAAAGCUCAAUUAGAACAAGUGACUAUUAGAGUAAAAAAUUUAGAGGCUGAAAAUAAAAUGUUAGUUGAUCAUUGGAUGCUUCAAAAAAUGCAGGAUGCUGAACGGCUUAAUGAGAUAUGGUAUAUUGUUAUUAGAUAACAAGGUGUAUUUCGAUUGGUUGAAUUGGAGAAUGAUAAAUAGCUAGGUCCAUAUAUGUUUGAACUUUAAGCAUGUUGGGUUUAUGAUUCAUUAAGAGUUUUUUCAUGCAUACAAUGUAGCUAAGUCUGAACAUUAUCAAAUUGUCUCUGUUGGCAUUAUUUGUGACUUUCUCUUGGAUGGAAAGCGAAAAAUCUUACUAUAAUAAUCAACACU